UGAAUUGAAAUGAAUGAAUGGCUGCUUCUAUUUACAUCGUGAUUUUGGUCACAAUUUAAGUGAAAAAUAGCGUAACACUUACCCUUAUUAUUUUCUGCAUUAUAAGUAUUUUCCGACUGGUUGAUUCCAAGAGUUGAAGUAAAAUGCUUAGCGUAGCGCUUGCAAGAUUAUCUCUUAGUGUACCAAAACUUGCGCCAUCAUUGACAACGCAAUGCCGCAGCAUUUUCAUUCAAAGCAACCCAAAAUUAUUUAGAUCAACUCCGUGUUUGAUGGCCGAACCACUGAAAAAGAAGAAGAGAAUCGACCCUGCCGUUCUCAGAGCCAGAGAGGAGCGAAAGAAAAAGAAAAUUGAAAAGCAGAUUCGCAGACUCGAGAAGAAUUCUCGUCAGCUGAAGCCAAUUGAUGAGCUGGAAAUUCCCCCAGCAGUGUAUGACACUUUAAAACAGAGGGCGAGAAAACCAACAAUCAUUAGUCACGAAGAAAUGGAGGAGAGGGCACUUUUACUCAAGGAAUGGUCGCGGUACAAGAUGAAAGAGAGGAUGAAUGAUGUUCAGCUGUUAGACAAAAUGAUUCUAUCCCAACAAAAGGCUAUGGACGAGCUUCGCCUGGAAUCGGAAGAACUUUACCAAGAAGCCCUAGCGAUGGACCUGAAUGUGAUGCCCUUCACGAUUAAAGGCCCCGUACACACCCCUCCCAUUGUCAACUAUGAUAGUCCUGAUGGCGAAUACACAGACAUAACCAAAGAUUGGUUCCAGCCCCUCUUCGUAAAGCAAUAGAUAUUUUAUUCUGCCUUCAAUUAAAAGUCACUCGUUAUGUACGAAAAGGA